AUGCAAGCGAUAGCCAAAAAUUACGUUUAUUGGCCGUCGCUGGACGAUGAUAUUACCUCAUACGUAAAAGAUUGUAAGCAUUGCGCGACGGUGGCGAAAUCUCCUAUGCAUUCAGCACCGAUUCCGUGGCCCAAGCCAGUUGGGCCGUGGAAGCGUAUACACGUGGACUUUGCAGGCCCAAUUGAAGCUGAUUAUUUCUUGCUAGCUGUGGACGCAUUUUCCAAGUGGCCAGAAGUGAUUCGUACUCGCCGUAUUACGUCAGCAGCAACGAUUGCAAUCCUGCGGAAUAUCUUCGCUCGUUUUGGUAUGCCGGAGACGCUCGUUAGUGACAACGGGACACAGUUCACGAGUGUCGAGUUCCAGAAUUUUUGCGUUGGCAAUGGUAUCCAGCAUAUAUCCACAGCACCGUUCCACCCACAAUCAAACGGCCAGGUGGAGCGUUUCGUGGACACCUUCAAGCGUGCAGUACGAAAAAUAAGCGAAGGGAAGAGCUGGAGUAACAUCGAUGAAGCUUUGGAGAUAUUUCUCUUAACGUAUCGUACCACACCGAAUCGGCAGGUUCAAAGCGAUAUGUCACCAGCCGAGGUUGCAAUAUUCGAACUAAUUUAG